GAGGAUGUUCUUGUCUCUAACGUUCUCCAAGAUGACUAGGUCCACCUCACCUUUAUUCACCCCACAGGUCAGUUUCUUGGGCACAUUGUCUCUGGACUACCCCUUGCUCCCACCUCGUCUAGGUUAGGUGUCCCUGUCCUUCACCUCCACUGCCAGUGUGCUGUAUGAUUCAUGGCGUUGCAUUGUCUGCAGGCAGUGAGCCUCUGGAGCACAGCCUCCGCCUCGGUCUGGUUUGCCACGGAGCGUCCAGCACCUAGGACAGGGCCUGGCACCGAGUCGGCGCACAAUGAAUAGUGGACGCGGGGGGGCGGAGGGUGCGUGCGGGCCGGUGUCCUCUGGGAGGCAGCGCUCCGCGGCGGAAACCUGGGCGAGGGUGUGAGGGAGGGAGGAGCGCAAGGCUCAAGACCCACCCUAGCACAGUCGGCACCAUACUGCUGUGGCGCCGCGUCGGCUUCCGGCCCAAUCUGCCGGAAGUGGAAGCACAGGCCUCCCAUAAUGCCUCGCGGCGCGCCUAUUCAAACCGCACGGCGGAGAGGAGGUCGCGAUGGCAGCUCCGGAGCCGGAAGUGCGGUCCUUGACCGCAGCCCCAGGUUUGGAGUGGUAUGAGGAGGCGGAGGACUCCCACGCCCCCCACAUAGAACUCCUGGACACGACCGCCGCCCAGGAACUUCCCAGCCGCUCCGAGCCUUUUCGCCCCCGCCAUGGCCUGGUGCCCGUGGUAUUCCCGGGGCCUGUCAGCCAGGAAGGCUGCUGUCAGUUUACGUGUGAAUUUCUAAAGCAUGUCAUGUACCAGCGCCUGCAACUCCCUCUGCCCUACGAGCAGCUGAAGCACUUCUACCGACAGUCUUCUCCCCAGGCAGAGGACCUGGUGAAGAAACAACCUUGGGCCCUCACUGAGGCAAGCAGCAGGAAAUGCCAGCAAACCCUGGAAGAACUGGAGAGUGUCCUCAGCCACCUAGAGAGCCUCUUUGCCCGGACCCUAGUGCCACGAGUGCUGAUCCUCCUUGGGGGCAGUGUUCUAAAUCCCAAAGAAUUCUACGAGCUUGACUUGUCCCGCUUGGCCCCCAGCAACGUGGACCAGAGGGUGAGCACAGCAGCUUGUUUGCGCCUUAUCUUCCGCGCCAUUUUUAUGGCCGAUGCCUUCAGUGAGCUUCAGGCUCCUCCACUCAUGGGCACCAUUGUCAUGGCACAGGGGCACCGCGACUGUGGAGAAGAUUGGUUUCGACCCAAGCUGAACUACAGAGUGCCCAUACGGGGCCACAAACUGACUGUGACCCUGUCCUGUGGCAGACCCUCCAUCCCGGUCACAGCCUGGGAGGAUUACAUUUGGUUCCAGGCACCAGUGACACUGAAAGGCUUUCACGAGUGAAGAGGGCCGCUUCUUAAUCGUGAACACAUGGCUAAAUUAUCUUUCCUUCUCUGGCACCAAGUCACCGGGCUCUUGCUUGGAAGUGGAGUUGCUUCCUGACGAGAGGAAGGUUCUGUCCUGGCUGCCUGCCUCCCCUUCUCAGACUUCCUGGUGAGCUGAUGGUGUGACUGGGCCUGUAAUCAUCAUCACUGAACAACAUCUCUGUGAAUCAGAGGUUGACCGGGUCACACUUGACUGUUUGGGGUUGGAAAGCAAAUGCGGGCCCAUAGACACUAUUAUGGAGGUGCCUUUUUCUGUGGCCUUUCCGAAUUUUUACCAGAGGCAUAAAUGUUGGUGUGACUCAUGAAUUUAAAUAUGAAAUGAAUGAAUAUAUUAAAUUUUCCCAAAACUCUUGGCUUAAAGAGACUUUCCAGGCUUGAGGCUAGAGUAUUUUGUCUUUC